AGAACAACUUGUAAUGGAGCCUUCACCUCUUGAGUUACCAGCUGACACAGUGCAACGAAUCGCAUCUGAAAUUGGAUGUCAUCCAACAGAUGAGAGGGUCGCCCUCCGACUCGAUGAGGAAGAUGAGCUGAAGCACUUCAGGGAUUAUUUUUAUAUGCCCAAAAUGCGGGAUCUGCCUCCAAUUGAUUUAUCUUUAGUGAAUAAGGAUGAAAACGCCAUCUAUUUCUUGGGAAAUUCUCUUGGCCUUCAACCAAAAAUGGUUAAAACAUAUCUGGAAGAAGAACUAGAUAAGUGGGCCAAAAUGGGAGGCUAUGGUCAUGAAGUAGGGAAACGUCCUUGGAUUACUGGAGACGAGACUAUCCUAGGCCUUAUGAAUGACAUUGUAGGAGCCAAUGAGAAAGAAAUAGCCCUAAUGAAUGGUUUGAGUGUGAAUUUACAUCUUCUACUGUUAUCGUUUUUUAAGCCUACGCCAAAACGAUAUAAAAUUCUUCUAGAAGCCAAAGCCUUCCCUUCAGAUCAUUAUGCUAUUGAAUCACAGCUUCAACUUCACGGUCUUAACGUUGAGGAAAGUAUGCGGAUUAUAAAGCCAAGAGAGGGGGAAGAAACCUUGAGAAUAGAAGAUAUCCUUGAAGUCAUUGAGAAGGAAGGAGACUCGAUUGCAGUCGUUCUAUUCAGUGGGCUGCAUUUUUAUACUGGACAGCUCUUUAAUAUACCUGCCAUCACCAAAGCUGGCCAGGCAAAGGGUUGUUUUGUUGGCUUUGAUCUAGCACAUGCAGUUGGAAAUGUUGAACUCCACUUACAUGACUGGGGAGUUGAUUUUGCCUGCUGGUGCUCCUACAAGUAUUUAAAUGCAGGAGCAGGAGGUCUUGCUGGUGCCUUUAUCCAUGAAAAGCAUGCCUAUACAAUUAAACCUGCGUUAGUGGGAUGGUUUGGCCAUGAACUCAGCACCAGAUUUAAGAUGGAUAACAAACUGCAGUUAAUCCCUGGGGUCAAUGGAUUCCGAAUUUCCAAUCCUCCCAUUUUUCUGGUCUGUUCCUUACAGGCUAGUUUAGAGAUCUUUAGGCAAGCAACUAUGAAAGCAUUGAGGAGAAAAUCUAUUUUGCUAACUGGUUAUCUGGAAUACAUGAUCAAGCACUACCGUAGCAACGAUAGAGCAGAAACCAAGAAACCAGUUGUGAACAUCAUUACGCCAUCCAGUAUAGAGGAUCGUGGCUGCCAGCUGACGCUAACAUUUUCUGCUCCAAUGACAUAUGUAUUCCAAAACCUGGGAAAGAGAGGAGUGGUUUGUGACAAGCGGGAACCAGAUGGCAUCCGAGUGGCUCCAGUACCUCUCUACAAUUCUUUCCAUGAUGUUUAUAAAUUUAUCAGUCUGCUCUCUUCUGUACUUGAUUCUGCAGAAACAAAAAAAUAGCUGUGUUUUCUAGAAUAGCUUAAGUAAAUAAUACUGAAAGUCGA